AUGCUCUACAUCCAUGGAGGAGCAUUCUAUCGCGAGAUUGACCCGAAUCACUGGAAGUUCAUCUUUCAGGUCGCACGCGACACUGGACUGGACAUUUUGGUACCGAUAUACCCCCUGAUACCAAGACCGGCCGCUACAGCCAGACAGGUGGUUCCUGGUUUGGUAGACAUUUGCCGCCAGACCAAGCAAGAUAUUGUCAAUAUCACCGGUGAUCCAGCGGGAGAGGCAUUAGCAUUAGCUACCAUGCACCACAUGUUCGACGUUGCGCCAGAUCACGCGAAGAAGGUCCAAUCUGUUGUGCUGAUCUCACCCGUCCUUGACGUGACGUUCCGCCACCCAGAGGCUCAGAAGCUAGACAGCAUGGAUCCGUGGCUCGGCAUCGAUGGCCUGCAAAUCAUCACGCCGCUGUGGUCAGCUGGCACAACUACCUCAGAUCCGCUGGUCAGUCCGCUACCUGUUGAUAUUGCGCGACUUCUGCCGCUUCUCCGUCUCUCUGGCACGGAUGACAUUUUGAACUCCGACGCGAGACGACUGAAUGCUCGGUUUCAGGGCCAUAGCAGCGAUCAGUGUGUCUCUGAGAGCGUCCAGCUCGAGCGAUUUGUUUAUGUCGAGCAAGCUCAUAUGAUUCAUGUCUAUUCUUUGCUUCCGCACUGGGAAGGAGAGCAGGCUCGAAAGCUUAUCAUGCAUUUCGUUCAGAGUCAUCUCUCAUAG